AUGGAGGAAGAUACGGUUCCUUCUACUGCAGCUCUCUGUCCAACUUCCUAUGCUGGAUUUUUACAAACCUGCAAAAAGGAAAAAUCCAGAAAGGCUUUUGAGACGCUUUGCUGCCAACUUACCUUAUGCUUCUCAGGGAGCUGGAGUACAGAAGUCAACGGGAGAGUGCUCUGCCAUCGGCUUAGCAGGUCUUUACCAGACCCACUAAAUCGACAUCGAUUGCAGCAAUGCCAAUCUAGCUGUUUUGCUUCACUACUUCAGCAUGUUGUAAAAAGAAGUGAAGUGUCACCCAACAAACCUAAAACGAAGCUAGAAGAUAUAUCGGAAGCUCUAUUAAAUUUCUUCAAUCCAGUGACAUGUCGUCCCAAAGAAGAUCAAACAGUAGUUGCUUGCCACGCAGGAGAGAAUCUUAACAAGACUACUUGUCUGAAAAAUAGAUGUUGUCACUCUUCCAAAAAAAGCAGUCAACUGAAGUGCUAUACCCCACUCAAAGACCGACUUCAGCUGACACUGCGACUGUUUGCACUUGGAAUAGGAGGAAUGAUUAUUUUGGGGUGUCUGCCACUUUUCUGCUGUACAUAUUUACAGGGAAGUAAGUGUGCCAACCCUUUGCUAAGAGCAAACAAAGAAGUUGAGCAAAUUGUUCAGAAGCAAACAGAUGCGAGUGAAAACAUUGGUGCCUAUUUACUGGAGUUUCUUAGAGAAGAUGCUAAGGAAAGAAGCAAGCACAAGAAGAAAGAGAAAAUGCCAGCUGAUCUUGAACAGCCUGGGCAAGACAAGGAUGCCAGUGUAACCUGA